CACUCACCGGCCACUACUGAAUUUUAGGACUGCUGGUCCAAUGUAGGUGACGAUAUGCAGCCUAACCGGGAAAAGAAACAUAUUUCGGGUAGACCCAGCUGUCAGCUGCAGAAACCUAAAUAGGCGGCCUCUCCAGAGACUCACGCGUCAGAUGAAUAGACAGUUUAAAGCUUGCUUCUUUCUCUAAUCUCCUCCUGACAACAGCAAUACUGACUCUAUGUUUAAAAUUAUGACUGUUGCAGUUUGAGUUUCAGGACCCGGUCAGUUUGUGCUGAUCCAAGAGACAAUCGCUCUUCGGUUUGACUUGGGCUGCUGAAGUUAAAGAGAAUCUGAACGCGACAAGCCGCCUGGACUUUUGAAGAUGUGCUCGCGACAUGCAUUUAGCUGGAAUUUACAGUAGUUACUUACAGUCGUAGGCUACAUUCAAAGCGGUAUGUUUCCCGAAAUUAAUAACAAGUCUUCUAGAGGAGAGGCUUUCCCACACUCACACAGGCUCCAGACCCAACAGGGAACCAAUCGACCCUAUUCACAGAAAUUGAACUCGGGCGUAGUGACCUUGCCCCAGCUGGAGCCCGCGGUUAUACAGGUUGUUGUCAGCAAUGCCAAACUCCACCACCAGCAGUCCGAUAGCAUCCUGCCCCACAUCGCCAAAAAGGGGGUGCAGAACAACUACCAGACACACCAGGAUGAGAGACCAAAGCCCUCCUCCCAGUUCUCCACAUGGUUUGGCUCCUCAGUGGAGAACCUGUCUGACUCUAUCACCACCAAGGGCCUCAGCAACAAGCUGGAGGAGGCAAAGCUUUAUAAAGGACAGAGGCUGCCCAUGUCUCCCACAGAGGCACUGAGGCACUUCCAAGGGCGUCUGACAGAGUUUGAGCAGCAGGAGAUCAUGGACUACUCAGAGAUCUGGUUCCUAGGUCUGGAGACUAAGAAGAUCAAGGCCUCUCACGGAACUCCUCAGAAUGCCGGCUACGACGACGAGCACGGCAGCUACAACAAGAUUCUGCACGACCACAUUGGCUUCCGCUUCGAGGUGCUGGAGGUGAUUGGGAAAGGAUCAUUUGGACAGGUUCUGAAAUGUCUGGACCACAAGACCCAAGAGCUGGUCGCCAUCAAGGUCAUUCGCAACAAGAAAAGGUUUCACCACCAGGCCCUAGUGGAACUGAAGAUCCUGGAUGCUGUGAGGAGGAAAGACAGGGAAAAGUGCCACAAUGUCAUCCAUAUGAAAGAAUACUUCUACUUCCGCAACCAUCUCUGCAUCACCUUCGAGCUGCUAGGAGUCAACCUGUAUGAGCUGAUCAAGAAGAACAACUUCCAGGGCUUCAGUCUGGCCCUGAUCCGUCGUUUCACCCGCUCCCUGCUCAAGUGCCUGCAGAUGCUGUAUAAGGAGAAGAUCAUUCACUGUGACCUCAAACCGGAGAACAUACUUCUGUCUCAGAAAGGACAAGGAAAUAUAAAGGUGGUUGACUUUGGGUCCAGCUGUUAUGAGCAGCAGAGAGUCUACACCUACAUCCAGAGUCGUUUCUACCGCUCCCCAGAGGUUAUCCUGGGCCACCCCUACAGCAUGGCCAUCGACAUGUGGAGUCUGGGCUGCAUCAUGGCUGAGCUCUACACCGGCUUCCCCCUAUUUCCUGGGGAGAGCGAGGUGGAGCAGAUUGCGUGCAUCAUGGAGGUACUUGGAAUGCCUCCCAAUGAUUUUGUGCAGACAGCAUCCAGGAGAAGGUUGUUUUUCGACUCCAAAGGAAACCCCAGAAACAUCACAAACAGCAAAGGGCGGAAGAGGCGACCCAACUCCAAAGACCUGGCCAGUGUUUUGAAGACCGACGAUCCUCUGUUCCUGGACUUCCUUCAACACUGCCUCACGUGGGAUCCAACCAAGCGUAUGACACCAGACGAAGCGAUGCAACAUGAGUGGAUCCAGGAGGCUUGUCUCAACAAGCCCCGGCCCAAAACACAACCCAUGAUUUGGAAGCCAAGGGAAAGCACAGAAAAUAACUAUGAGGCUACUUACUGCAAAGUAGUUACUAACAGGACAGCUGAGAAGAUUGGGUCCGAUAGCAACGACAAGGUGAAAAGAUACCUCUCCGCCAAGGCAGGGGGCAAGAUGGUGACCACCGAGCGACUGCAUCCCAUUGGAGCAUCUGCAGAGGUGGAGUUGUGUGAGGGCGUGGCCAAGGUCAACAGGGACACCAAUCAGGAGGCGAGUGGGGAGAGGUCCGUGCAUAUCAUCAUCAAGCCUAAACUAGACGUGGGCACUGACAGAGAUUAGGAGUUGUCCCAGUGUCUGCCCCCUAUCAUGUAGCAGCACAAGGGAGGGGGCAGGAGGGCACCAUUAGGCAUUAUGAACUUAAACAUCAUUAACCAGACACAGAAGAUAAUGCAUACUGUUGUCAUGUACAGGGGACCUCCUGUUUUGUGAUAUUCCUGUGGCUAUGAGAUUCAUUCUAUACAAUCUAUAGAGUUACUUUAGCUGUUCUGAGUAUCCCACUGAAUGCACUGUCUACGUGUCAUGGAGAAGAGCAAAUAUUCAUAGUUUGGCAAGCUACCAAUCCUGAUUCAAACAUUCGUUAUUGUUGAUGGUUUGUUUACUGUUUAAAGGAGGCAGAGAGACAGUGACAGGAUCAGUUAAAGUUACAAUUCAGGAAUACCGUGGUACGACAGCAUUAUGCUUUUGUUAUGUGCAUCUUUUGUGGCCCAGAUCACAAUACUCAACCCCAGCUAGUGUACAUUGACUUCUUUGAAAAGGAAAAGAUGCAAUGCUCGCUCACCAUUAAAAAUGUAUUGUUUUAUUUAAACAAGUUAAAAAGAUUAACGUUUCAGCCUUCAAUGGCCUUCAUCUUCUUUCCAUUCAUUGACUUCUUAAAGUAUAUUAUUUAUUUAUUUUACUGCUGUACUUUGUGUAGAAAUUCCAAAACAAAGCAGCUACGUUGUGCAAUAUUUUGCAUGGCUUCAAAAAAAAGUUCUUCCUUCUAAAAUGGUUAUUCGUUUCUGAAGGAGCGUGUGCAAUAUUAGCUGAGCCAAAGAAAGUAUUUCUGUCACUGCUGAUCUUUCAGCUCAGCUGUGCCCUGUAAGAAACAUGUUCUAUUCAAACCUUUAUGUCCUGCAUCUUUACUAGAUUGAAUAAUGCUAUUGGAAUGAUAUUACAUAGUUAUAAUGGUCAUUAUGGUGAUGAUUAUUCAGACAUAGAAAUUAUGUUUGUAAUGGCUUGUUUUCCCUGUACAUAUGUACCUGCUGUGAUUUUUGAUGUAUGUAAUACAGAACAUUAUGUAUGUUACAGGUUAUUGUAAAGUUUAGACAAGGUUUUACUUGUUCAGGUUUUACUUGUAUUAUCUAUGUAUGAAAGAAUAAUUUUAUACUCGAUUAUGUUUGUGUUUGUAAUUUUUUUUUAAACGAUUAGACACUGAGAGACAAUCAUUUUAUUAAUAGUUUGUGCUUUGCAGUGUUAUAAUCCUUGCACUUUACCUAUGUAUUUACCUGGGAUAAAAGACAGAUUCUCCACAUAAAAAAGUUACCCAAAAAGUAAUCAAGUGAGAGUUGUGUAAUCAAUUAUAUAUUGUAGCUUGCCAGGAAACAUUCAGUGAGGGAAUUGCAUAAUUUUGUGUUAUCCCAUGGCAGUUUCUAGAAGUCAACAUAAUGACAAAGAAAAUAGAGCAUAUAGACCAGAACAUCCUGGUAUUGGUGACAUAAGCUCUUUGUAGCUGUAAUGAUGAGGUACAGUGUUUUGUGAAAUGUAUGCUGUCAUUUUCCUUGCAUCUGAUAAAUGACCUGGCUACACAAGUUUACAGGGAGAGUCACCAUAAUCUGUAUGUAUCUUAAUGGGGGAGACAACUAAAUGAAUUGACUGUAACCAGGUUUCUAUCCAAAUUUAUGUGGGUAAAGUACAUGUCGGAUAAAUGACAGGCCUGAUGGAAACAACAUCUGUUGGUAUACAUUACAAAAGUCGACAAAACAAAAUACGCUGGGCAAUGUGAGUCUUUUUAUGUCGGUAAAAUGUAAUAUGCGAGAAAUGUCCGUGGAAACGCUUUUAUGCGCAAAUAUUAACGUAAUAACACUUGGAGUCACGCGAUGACAUUUUGUGUGGUCCGAAAGCAUGCAGUUUACUAGACGACAGAUUGAAUAAAUGAUGGUGAACUUCACAGGGUGGUGAAAGUGCAAGGUGAUGACAGAGUCGGUUUAGUCGGUAACAGAGUCGGUAACAUGAAAGAGGAUGGCAUUGGCAUGUCUGUACAGGUAGUCAACCUGAUUUUUUCUACAAGCAAGCACUCACGCACACACGCACACAACACACACAGAUAAAUCAGUACCAUGGACAGCCACAUCAUAUUUAGCUUAAAUUGAUUGGACUAAAUUGUUUUUGGUAUAUUUUAGUUGUCACUGUAUUAGACUAAGCAUAGGUGAUUAGAUGGUGUUGAAAUGUUGAAGUUGUAAUGGUGCUGGAAUAGUAGAGGCAGCGCCUGUUUUCUUUGCGACUUCGAUAACUCUGCGUUGUUUUAAAUCAAUAGUUGUUAAGUAGACCGAACAUUUCGGAAACAUUACCUUACUUGAAUAUGCUGUAGGUAAUUGUUUGUUACAUGCAAUAUGUUUUGUGGACUUCACCGGACAGAAGUUGCUCUCCGGUUUUGUGAUGAAACAAAGAUGUAGUUGAAUUUA